AUGGAUGAUGAAAGCGUAAGACACAGGAAUCAAAGUUCAGACUUAGGACCUGAUGAACAAUCUGGCAAGGAGGGCAAGAAACCUAAAUCCACGAAUCUACAGAAAGAGGUGGGUCUGAUCAGUGGAAUUUGUGUCAUUGUCGGUACUGUGAUAGGUUCCGGGAUCUUUAUUUCCCCCAAGUCGGUACUGGCUAACGUUGGAGCGGUUGGGCCUUGCUUAAUCAUCUGGGCAGCCUGCGGAGUGCUUGCAACAUUAGGGGCGCUAUGUUUUGCCGAACUUGGCACAAUGAUAACAAAAUCAGGAGGCGAAUAUCCGUACCUUAUGGAAGCCUUUGGCCCGAUACCUGCGUACUUGUUUUCUUGGUCCAGUCUAAUAGUCAUCAAGCCCAGUUCCUUUGCCAUCAUUUGCCUCAGCUUUGCGGAGUACGUGUCGGCUCCGUUUUAUCCAGGAUGUGACCCUCCCGUACCUGUCAUCAAGUGUCUGGCGACAGUAGCCAUUGUGAUCAUUACUCUUGUGAAUUCGCUGAGCGUGAAAUUGGCAAGCUACGUUCAGAAUUUUUUCACUGCUGCUAAAAUGGUAAUUGUUGUAAUUAUCAUUAUAAGUGGCAUUGUUCUCCUAGCCAAAGGAAAUACACAGAACUUUACAAAUUCCUUUGAUGGCCCCCCGCUUUCUGUGGGUGCGAUCAGCCUGGCAUUUUAUAAUGGACUUUGGGCAUAUGAUGGAUGGAAUCAACUCAAUUAUAUCACAGAGGAGCUUAAAAAUCCUUAUAGAAAUCUACCACUGGCUAUUAUUAUUGGAAUCCCACUAGUCACCGUCUGUUACGUUCUGAUCAAUGUUUCUUAUUUCACGGUUAUGACAUCAACAGAACUCCUGCAGUCUCAAGCUGUUGCUGUGACCUUUGGGGACAGGGUUCUGUAUCCGGCUUCUUGGAUAGUUCCUCUCUUUGUGGCUUUUUCUACCAUCGGAGCAGCCAAUGGGACUUGCUUCACUGCUGGCAGGCUCGUUUAUGUAGCAGGUCGCGAAGGGCACAUGUUAAAGGUGCUAUCUUACAUCAGCAUUAAGCGAUUAACCCCAGCACCUGCCAUCAUAUUUUACGGUGCAAUAGCUAUUAUUUAUGUCAUCCCAGGAGAUAUCAAUACACUCAUCAACUACUUCAGCUUUGCAGUCUGGAUAUUUUACGGUUUAACUGUACUGGGUCUCAUUGUCAUGCGCUUUACCAGGAAAAGUCUAGAAAGGCCUAUCCGGGUACCCAUUAUCAUCCCCGUCAUUGUGACAUUAAUUUCAGUCGUGUUGGUCUUAGCACCCAUUAUCACCGCACCUGAGCUGGCAUAUUUGUACUGUGUGCUGUUUAUUCUUGGCGGACUUAUCUUUUAUGUACUUUUCAUCCACUUUAAAUUCAGUUGGGCUCAAAAAAUCUCAAAACCCAUCACUAUGCACCUUCAGAUGCUUAUGGAAGUUGUCCCAGCAGAAGAAGUUACCGAAUAA